AUGGCUCACCAGCGCGGUCACCGCAACCCGGGCGACAUGGAGGUCGGUAUCAACGAUGUCUUCAUCCACGUCAACGACACCCCACACCUUGCCGAGCGUCCUGCUGCCCCCCAGUGGCUCACAACCUGGGAGUCCCGUCGCCCUACAUGGCUCAUGGAGAUGAUCUGUGAGGCAUUCGGUGUGGCACUCUAUUGCUGGUCCGGCCUGAACGCUACGGCGACAUUCUUUGUUUCGUCCGCCGCCAAGGAGACUGGCUUUGGCAGUCUGCAGACCAUUGCCUUUUGUUACGCCCUGGGUAUCAUGAUGGCCGUCAUUUUCUGUGGCCCCACCUCGGGUGCCCACCUGUCCCCCGGUGUGACCAUUUCAUUCGCCAUCUUCAAGGGCUUCCCUUGGCGCAAGGUUCCUCAGUACAUUUUCGCUCAGCUUGUCGGUGGCUUUGUCGGCUGCAUCUUCGUCUACCUCCAGUUCAAGACCCAGCUCGACGAAAUCACCGCACUCAUGGAGGCGGCCGGCGAGCACGCGGCCAUCUUCACGCCUUCGGGCCCCGCCGGUGUUCUUGCUCUCUUCAUGAACCCGGGCUACAAGAUCGGCUUUGUGUUCCUCAACGAGUUUGUCGCCUGCCUCGUCUUUGGCACCGUUGUCUUCUCGGUCCUCGACCCUUCCAACCACUUUGUCACCCCCUCGUCGGCUCCCCCCGUCAUCGGCUUCACUUUCUUCGUCCUUGUUUCCAGCCUGGGCAUGAACGGCAUUGCCCUUAACUCUGCUCGUGACCUCGGCGGCCGUUUCGCAGCCGGUGUCGUCUGGGGCAGCGAAUGCUUCCCCCCCGCAUACACCGCCCUCGCGGCCCUCACCAACAUCCUCGCCUUCCAGAUCGGUGCUCUCUUCCAGAUCCUCUUCCUCUCGGACACUAUCCGCCAGCCCACCGCUGCCGCCAUGGUGAUCCACCACGCCCAGACCGCCGAAAAGGAGGCACACCUCCAGCGUGUCCUCACCUCGCGCACCGACGGUAACGGUGGCCUCAGCCGCGUCCUGACUGGUGGCCUCAAGCGCACCGUCACCCCCAAGCCCGAGGUUGCCCACUACGAGACCAAGAAUGACUCGGACCUCUCGACCGUGUCUGCGGUUUAA